AUGGAGCUCAACAAGCUCAGAAAAAAACUCGUCUCCCAAAUCCACAUUCCAUUGUUUGCGUCGGAAAACUAUGUCAAACCUUAUGCUAUGAAAGACGAGUUUCUCUUUGAAACAUCUUCGUCUUCAAAGAGAAACUACAAUUACCUCCAAGAUUUUCACCACCUUGAUCAUCAAUUUCAUGUCAAUGUCUCCUCUUCAAACCCUAUGUUUGGGACCCACACCCCAUGUUUUGAUCCGUACAGCGACACAUCCUACCCCUACGAUCAAAAUUCAUCACAUCAAGAUGUGAACUUUUACAAAUGUAAGCCUCCAAAUGUUGCAGAAAACAAUGGGGGACAUGGCCAAGUUUUGGACAACUUCCAAGGUGGGUCCUACUUGAAUUUCCCAACUCAUCACAGAUCAUCAAAUCCGUUUGAUCAUGCGGUGGGAACUUCAUCUCAUGGGAGUGCAACUAAUUUCCUGCCGUUGGAUUGCACUCAAGAUAUUAAACCCAUGAAUUUUUCGGUGCCGGAUGAGGUAUCCUGCAUAAACAAUGCAGACCAAAAUGGAUACUACAGAAAAUUUGGGAUGAAUGGCAAAAGCAAAGUUACCGGAGUAACAAGGGGGUCAAUGGUGAAAGGUCGAAAGAAGUCAAAUGUGGUCAAGGGUCAAUGGACAACCGAGGAAGAUAGGCUCUUAAUUCAGCUUGUUGAGCAAUUUGGAGUCAGGAAAUGGUCUCACAUUGCUCAGAUGUUGCCUGGGAGAAUUGGGAAGCAAUGUAGGGAGAGAUGGCAUAACCACCUAAGGCCUGACAUCAAGAAGGAUACAUGGAGUGAGGAGGAGGACAAGACACUGAUACAAGCUCAUGCAGAAAUAGGAAACAAGUGGGCAGAAAUUGCAAAGAGACUGCCCGGAAGGACUGAAAACUCCAUCAAAAACCACUGGAACGCAACGAAAAGGCGACAAUAUUCCAAGCGAAAAUGUCGAUCAAAGUACCCUAGAGGCUCCAUUUUGCAGGAAUACAUCAAGAGCUUAAACCUAGACUCGGCAAGCAACAGCACAGGGAGGCAGCGAAGGAACAGUUCAGCUAACAACAACAACGGUGGCAGCACCAGCACUAAAGCAGCUGCAGCUGCAGCUACUUAUCAGCAGCCACAAACCAACGUGGGACUUUUGUGCGCAAACGAUCUGUUGGUUCCGAGCUACAACGAUUUCAAUGAGGACCCCGAUUUUUGUUUCGACGAGAACAUCUUCGAGGAAGGGUGUAGCAUCGAUUCUUUGCUCGAUGACAUCCCUUGCGCUGCUGCUGUUGGUGAGAAGAACAGUAACUUUGAUGGUUACAAUGAGAUUGAUUAUGGUUAUGUUGAUAAGGGUAAUUUUGAUGAGAAGGAUUUUCAGAUGGCCAUGCAAGUGGAUUUGGAGAGUAAUGAAGUGAAGAAGGAGAUGGAUUUGGUGGAGAUGAUUUCUCAAGUGAACUAA